GGCUGCGCAGGCCGGGUCCGAGACAGCUUCUAAUUUCAUCUUCACUCAACUCCAUCCAUUGGCAUGCCUCUUUUGUUGUUGUAAUGUUUCCUUGUUGGAAGGAGAUUUAACCUUGCUCACAACUUUGUAAUAAGUCAAGGCAGGCAAAGGGGAAGGACUCAGACCAUGGUGUUCUAUGAGAGAAUGAUUGAGGACUGCGGGCGGAGCAGGGACAACAUGGCGGAUAGAAGGCAACUGCUUGUGGAGAUGAGGGCUCAGGAUUUGGACUCCAUACGUCUGUCAACAUACAGGACUGCCUGCAAGCUCAGAUUUGUGCAGAAGAAAUGCAACUUGCAUUUGAUCGACAUCUGGAACCUCAUCGAGGCCUUCAGAGAGAACGGCCUCAACACCAUGGACGUCAGCGCCGAGCUCCCCGUGGCCCGCCUGGAAGUGGUGCUCUCCACCGUACUGUACCAGCUCAACAAACGCAUGCCCACAACUCACCAGAUUAACGUGGAUCACUCCAUCAGCAUGCUGCUCAACUUCCUGCUGGCAGCCUAUGACCCGGAUGGACAUGGAAAGAUAUCGGUCUUUGUUGUGAAGAUGGCGUUAGCGACAUUCUGUGGAGGCAAAAUUCUGGAUAAAUUAAGAUACAUUUUUUCACAGAUAUCGGAUUCGGCAGGAAUCAUGGCGUAUUCGCAGUUUGACCAGUUCCUGAGGGAGGUUCUCAAGCUACCCACGGCCGUCUUUGAGGGUCCAUCGUUUAGAUACACGGAGCAAGCUGCCAAAAGCUGUUUCGCGCAGCAGAAAAAGGUCUCCCUCAACACUUUCUUGGACACGCUGAUGUCAGACCCGCCUCCUCAGUGUCUGGUGUGGUUACCGCUCAUGCACCGGCUCACCAACGUCGAGAAUGUCUUUCACCCGGUCGAAUGCUCCUACUGCCAUACUGAGAGUAUGAUGGGCUUCCGCUACCGCUGCCAGCAAUGUCAUAAUUACCAGCUCUGUCAGGACUGCUUCUGGAGGGAUGCCAGCGGUUCCCAUAGCAACCAGCAUCAAAUGAAGGAGUAUACAUCAUGGAAAUCCCCCGCCAAGAAGCUGUCCCAUGCCCUCAGCAAGUCGCUAAGCUGUGCAUCCAGCAGAGAGCCUCUUCACCCCAUGUUCCCCGAAAUGCCAGAGAAACCUCUCAACCUUGCGCAUAUAGUGCCACCAAGACCCAUGAACGUCUCCAGCGAAUACUCAUUUUCCAACUCCAUGCCUACAUCAGGGAACCCGUACUCCACCAAAAAGAAUCAGGAUAUUGCUCAACAUCUGUUGAAAGGCAGAGGGUUACACUGCAACCUGGAUGCGGUGGACAGACUCGCAGACGAGCACAUUCUCAUUGGGCUGUAUGUGAAACUACUUCGAAACAACCCUAAAACACGUUUGCUAGAGAGCAGCAACCAUCAAGACGAGGAGCACAGCCUCAUCGCACGCUACGCCGCUCGCCUGGCUGCUGAUGCUGCGGCUCAGCAGCAGCAGCAGAGAGUCCCUCCAGACCUGCCGUACUCUCUGGAUGGCAACAAACAGCAGAAGCAGCUCAUCGCCGAGCUGGAGAGUAAAAACAGAGAAAUCCUGCAGGAAAUCCAACGACUGCGCGUCCAGCAUGAAGAGGCCUCACAGCCGCCUCCUGACAGUGGUCAGCAGAACCCCACUCUGCUGGCCGAGUUACGACUUCUCAGGCAACGCAAAGAUGAGCUCGAACAAAGAAUGUCGAGCCUGCAGGAGAGUCGCAGGGAACUCAUGGUGCAGCUGGAGCAGCUAAUGAUGCUUCUCAAGCUAGCUGAGGAACAGAAACAAGCUACUCAGGGUCCCGGCUCGCCACGCUCCUCCCCCAGCCACACCAUCAGCAGGCCCAUCCCCACACCCAUCCACUCGGACUCGGCCGGCACCACUCCGACUCACACACCUCAGGACUCCCUCAUGGGCGUGGGAGGCGACGUUCAGGAGGCCUUCGCUCAGGGAGCCAGGAGAAAUUUGAGAAACGACCUCCUCGUCGCAGCUGACUCCAUAACCAAUACAAUGUCGUCGCUGGUAAAGGAGUUGAAUUCAGAGGGUGGAAGUGAGACGGAGAGCACUGUGGACUCCGAUUUCGGCCGCGGCGACAUCUUUGCAACGACAACCUCAGAAGCGUUGUUCAGCUAUAAACCCAGGAAUGCAGCAGAGGAGGAGGAGGACGAGCAGGACCGGUACGAAAACGACCUGGAGCGGCAGCUGGAAGGCGAGCUCAAGUUGGAGAAGCUGAUGAGGCACAGGCAGGAGGCGGAAGAGACCUGCAUGGUGACACUGCAGCCGUGACGGUGUUGGUCCAGGACACUGGUGAGCAAUAUCAAAAGCAACAAUAAGUGAAGACGCUGAACACAACAACACUGGCUGGAUCCUAGCCUGGAAUAGACUUGUGUAAAGAUUAUAUAUAUUUUUAACCAACCUCAUAAUUAAGGUGAAACUGUGAGCUGUUCAAAGUCAAGAGAUUAUAAUAAUCACCAAGCGCUCUAUUACUCUAUACCACAGGUGCCAUAUCUUCAUCUUAUUAUUAUUAUUAUUAUUAUGCUUUGUGUUUGGGUUGUUCAGCAGAUGUAGAAAUGUACGGUUGUAAAUGUGUGUUGUUUUUUUUUAAAUAUAUAUUUCCAGCCACGUCACUUUCCUACUAUUUUUGUCACAUGUAUUGUUUUAUUUGCAACAUUAGUACUAUUAUUAUUAUUAUUAUUAAUAAUGCACACUUCUUUAGCUGUUUGAGGGAACUCUCUGUGGAGCUGCCAGUUCAGCAUGUAGCCAACAUCAAAGCAAUUUUCACUGGAAAGAAAUGCAUAAGUACUGUAACAGCUAAGAUGUAAUUACUUUAAUGUGGUUGUUACUGUUGAUUAAAUGAUGUAAAAAAAAAAAAAAAAAUUUAAAUUAGAAAAAAAUCCACUUUUAAGAGCAUUCAACAAAUUUGUUUAUAAUCUGGUUUCUAAAUUAAUGUUUUGGUUGUUGUAUGUGUCAACACACCACACAUUCGAGUUCAUGUAAUACCAUCAUUGUGUGCAGUAUAUCUAGUUUUGGGGACUUUUCAGCUAAGUUCAUAGCAGUGAUUUUUUGCAUGGCGGUGAUGCAUAAUAAAAGUGUUGACGCGAUGCCACAAA